CCGUGACAUUACCGGUGGGAAUGCCCGGUGCUGCGUGACUGAGCAAGGAGCUGUGUGUUGGGGGACGGCUGGCUUCCUGCUCCCUCGGUUAAAAAAAAAACCGAGGGGCGUACGAUAUAAAGAUUUUCUUAUCGGCAAACAACUCGUUGCUGGUAUUCCGAUUUAUUUUAUUUCGCAUUGGUGCUCGUUGAAAUACAGCAGAGUAAUAGAGUGGGAAACUUUCCGCCUCAGACAGCGUAACGCCGUGACAGAGCAGGCAGUGCAGCUCCGCGCUGCGUGCCGCCCUCCGGGAGCGCUGAACUGAAGAUCUCAUGCCGGCCUUCCCCCCCCGCUGCCUGCACACAGGCGCCCAAUCUGGUGCUCGAUCCUAAUGCCGUGGGCCUGGAGCGGCUCCAGGGGCUGCUUGUGAGCCGCGCACACGGUGUGUAUCUGGGGUAGCUCCGCUUGUUGGACCGCGGCCAGGCACAGAGCAGAGUAGCAGAGCUCAGGCGCUGAUCCGCUGCCUGAGCCAUCGUUUUCCCAAUAUCUUUCUACGGCAAAAAGCACCGUGGGAGUUUUGCCCCCUGGAGGAGCCGCGUUAGCCACGUGCAAGAGCGGUGAAUGACUCCCAUUGCUAACCGCACGUGCAUCCACGCUGCUACAGAGCGCAGCCCGGAGCGUUGCACAUCUCGGUGGGGAGAAGUUGCCGGCGCCAUGCAGCACCGGAGCUCUCAGGCAGCCCGUGGGCUGUGCUGACCGGCCCUCUGUGCCCGGGGCUCGAUCCUAAUGCCUGCCUUUGGUGGGAACGGCCUUCCUCUGCGUGCCGAGGGGGCUGGAAGGAGGGCAGCCCGUGGAGAGGAGUGGUAGCAGAAGGUGAGUGCUCACAGCACGGCUGCUGUCGAGCUGCCACUGCGUGCCUGGUGUUGCUGGUGACGUGCUCCAUGGAGAGGCAGUUCACCGUGUGACAGAGCACAGCAAAACAGUUACUUCGAAAAGGCCGUUUGUGUGUAGUUAAGAGACUUCCUGCAAGUACAAGAUGCAGCUCUUCUCCCUGGCCUGGUCUGAUUUACUUAGAGAGGCUGAAGGAACUGGUCUUGUUUUAAGAGACAUUUACAAGAGGCCUGGAAUUUCACUUCACCAACAUUUUUAUGUAAUAGAUCCAGUGGCCUAGUUUCAUCUUAAUUAAGAAAAUAGACGUUAAAUGUGCUCACCUGAAAAGCAACUGCUGAUUUAAACAUUAGGAUGUGAAAGUAAUGGUCUCAAUGCCAUGCCUAGCAGAGCAAAACGAAGGCUUAGUUCUCCCCGUGCUGAAGUUCAGCAGCACGUCUGAGUAGAGGGCAGCGAGGACUGUCGUUGUCAUUGCUGGUGCGGCGCUGGCUUUUGUUGUGGUGUGCUAAUUGAGGGGAAACGCGAUGAAGAACUGCAGCGGGGCUUAAAGCAAACGCGUGUCAGAAUGGCGAGGGGCUGCGGCGCUGGCUGGGUGCAGGGCUGUGCGGCAGGGCUGCCUGGUGGGCACACUAGGCUGGGUGGGGACUGCACAGGUACGGUCUGGGCGCUCUGCACGGCUCGGGUGGCAGAUGGAGCUGUAGGUCUCCUCGGAGGUACGGUACCGACUGCUGUAACAAAUACCAACACAAUUAGCUGAAGAGGCAGCAGUCUGACAGGCUUGGCACAGUCACGCCGCAGGCCGAGCCAGACGGGCGAGCAAUACAAGCUGUGAAUUUAUUGUUGACCCCUGCAGGACAGUGACCACCUUCACCGUCAUCUUUGCCGUACAGAGAUGCUCUGUCAGUAAGAUCCUGGAUCCCAGGAAAGAGUUUUAAUGCGAAGCAUCAGAAAAAAACCACUGCAGCAUCUCAUGUGAGAGAGGGGAGAGAAGAAAGGAGGCUUGUGCAGUAACAUCUCGAAACACUCAGAUGGUUUGAGCUCUAUCUCACCUUAUUUGAAAGAGGAGAGCUAUUGAGGACCUGUGAGCAAUCCAACAGCUUCUGAAAAAUCUUCAUGCUAAAGGAUAAUCCUGAGCUCCCUGGAGAAGAACAUAGUGAAUGUUAAUCCAGAGGAGCCGUUGGAGAAUCGUGCUCACGGGGAGAUGAUUCCUCAUGAAGUCACUGGAUCCCUUGCAGAAAUCAAAUGUGACUUUCCAUUUAUCAGACUGAAAUCAGAGCCAGCCAGACAGUGAAGCAAGCACAGUGGAGGGGGGACGGCGAAAGAUGAAAUCCAACCAAGAGCGGAGCAAUGAAUGCCUGCCGCCCAAGAAGCGAGAGAUCCCCGCCACCAGCCUGCCUUCGGAGGUGAAGCCGGUCCUGCCGAAUGACAACCACCGCACGGACAACCUAGCAUGGCUCCCCGGCAGUCAGAGCAGCCUCGGGGGCAGGCACAGGCCCGGGGGAACGUCGGCGGAGGUGGGCUUGCAGCAGGGCCUGCACAAGCCGCCGCCGGCGGGGCUGGACUAUUCCCCACCGAGCGCGCCCAGGUCGGUGCCGGCCCCCACCACGCUCCCCACCGUGUACUCGUCCGCACUCUCCCAGUCCGGGACCCCCGUCUCCCCUGUGCAGUACACGCACCUGCAGCACACGUUCCAGUUUGUCGGGCCCCAGUACAGCGGACCAUAUGCAGGGUUCAUCCCCUCGCAGCUGAUCUCUCCAACCGCCAAUUCGGCAACCGGCGCCGUGGCGGCGGCCUCAGCUGUUGCGACCACUCCAUCCCAGCGCUCCCAGCUGGAGGCUUAUUCCACGUUGCUGGCCAGCAUGAGCGGCUUAAGCCAGCAGGGGCACAAAGUCGAGCCGCACCUGGUUAGAACGCCUGGACUGAUCGCUGCAGGGUCUCCUCCACCUGCCCAGCAGAACCAGUACGUCCACAUCUCCAGCUCUCCCCAGAGCGCGGUCAGAAACGUCUCUCCUCCAACCAUCCCGGUCCCCCUGCAUCCCCACCAGACGGUGAUCCCCCACACACUCACCCUUGGCCCCUCCUCCCAGGUUGUGGUGCAGUACAGUGAUGCCUCGCACUUUGUCACAAGGGAUGCCCCCAAGAAGCCCGAGAGCGGCCGGCUGCAGGCCAUGCAGGCCAAGGAGGUGCUGAACGGCGAGAUAGAGAAGAGCCGGAGGUACGGCAUUUCGCCCUCUGCCGACAUGGGUCUGGUCAAAGCAGGCAAUAAACCAGCUCCCCACCAUUACGAGACCAGGCACGUGGUGGUGCACUCGGGUCCUGCCGACUACGGUGCCCGGGAGUCCUCAGGGGUCCGAGCCUCCGUCAUGGUGGUCCCCAACAGCAGCACACCAACCGCGGACUUGGAGGUGCAGCAGGCCACCAACCGAGAGAACUCUCCCUCAGCCCUCAACGACAAGGGAAGCUUGCACUUAGGAAAGCCAACCCACCGCUCUUAUGCUUUGUCCCCGCAGCAGGCCCUGGGCCACGAGGGGGUGAAGGCCGUGGCCACGCUGUCCCCCCACACCGUCAUCCAGACGACCCACAGCGCCUCUGAGCAGCUCCCGGUGGGGCUGCCGGCCACAGCCUUCUACGCCGGGACCCAGCCGCCGGUGAUCGGCUACCUGAGCAGCCAGCAGCAAGCGCUGGGGUACCCUGGGGGGCUGCCCCAGCACCUGGUGAUCCCUGGCACGCAGCCCCUGCUCAUACCGGUCGGCAGCGCCGACGUCGAGCCGUCGGGCGUCGCGCCGGCCAUUGUCACCUCGUCUCCCCAGUUCGCAGCAGUGCCUCACACUUUUGUCACCACCGCUGUCCCCAAGAGCGAGGCUUUCAGCGCCGAGCCCCACACCACCCAGCCCGCCUACCAGGCCACCAUGGUGCAGGCGCAGAUCCACCUCCCUGUGGUGCAGUCCAUCGCGUCCCCCGCUGCGGCCCCCCCCACGCUGCCCCCUUACUUCAUGAAGGGGUCAAUCAUCCAGCUGGCCAACGGGGAGCUGAAGAAAGUAGAGGACUUAAAAACAGAAGACUUCAUACAGAGCGCGGAAAUUAGCAAUGACCUGAAAAUAGACUCCAGCACUGUGGAGAGGAUUGAAGAGAGCCAUAACCCAGGCAUUGCUGUGAUACAGUUUGCGGUUGGAGAGCAUCGAGCACAGGUCAGCGUGGAGGUCUUGGUAGAAUACCCUUUUUUUGUAUUUGGACAAGGCUGGUCAUCCUGCUGCCCCGAGAGAACCAGCCAGCUCUUUGAUUUGCCAUGCUCCAAACUCUCAGUGGGGGACGUCUGCAUAUCGCUUACGCUCAAGAACCUGAAGAAUGGCUCUAUUAAAAAGGGCCAGCCCGUGGACUCAGCUAGCAUCUUGCUGAAGCAUUCAAAGAAUGACAGUCUAGCUGGAAGUAGACACAGGUAUGCGGAGCAGGAAAAUGGGAUUAAUCAGGGAAGUGCACAGAUGUUAGCUGAGAACGGUGAACUGAAGUUUCCGGACAAAAUAGGAUUGCCUGCAGCACCUUUGCUCACCAAAACAGAACCCAGCAAGCCCCCGGCAACAAGGAAGAGAAGGUGGUCAGCCCCCGAAUCACGGAAACUAGAGAAAUCAGAAGAGGAGCCACCUUUGACUCUUCCCAAGCCUUCUUUUAUUCCUCAGGAGGUUAAGAUUUGCAUUGAAGGUCGAUCCAAUGUAGGAAAGUAAAUGUUGUUUGGGGAAAGGAAAUUAGGCUAUCCCUUGUCAUUUUUAUCCAGAUUACUGUACUGUAGACUAAAUAACCCAGUAUUUACAUGUUAUCAUCUUAUUUUAGGUUUAUGUUAUAACCUUGUUGUUAUAGUUGCAGCUGGUAUUAUGCAGGAGACUGGUGCAUAUGUUUUUCCACAAGUGUUUGUCAGUGACUAGGUUUCCUGAGAGCUACAGAAGGGGCAGUAUCUGCUUCACACACCCUUAGUGGAAAUGAAUGUGUUGUCAUGGCUCCUGUUUUCUAACACCUCGUGUAGGACAGGGUCCAGCUGUGAUUCUGUUGGGGUUUUUUUUGUUGUUGUUUUUUGUUUUUGUUUUUUUGUUUUUUUUUUCCCUUGUUUUGGUUCCUGUUCCAGUUUUUUUGGGGGGGAGGUGCAGAGAAGGGAACUGUAGCAGAGGCGUGUGUCACGCGUGGUGUGCGUGCUCAGCCUGAGGCAGCCCUGCAGCAGUGGGGGCUCAUUGAGGAGGUUGUUCUCACCCCGGGUGAAUGUGGAGGACACAGCCCCACAGAUGUUACCAAAAAGGAUCAGAUGCUCUCUGACCUUGUCAACAAUAAGCCAACUCUUACUCAAGAUUCAUAGUAUAUAUAUGUACACAUAUAUGUGCAUGUAUAUAUAUAUAUGUAUAUAUAUAUAUUUGUGUGUGUGUGUGUAUCUGUACAUAUAUAUUUCCCCCAUGGGGUCCGACUGCACUGAUUUUUACUCGCGAAGCAACUGCCACACCAACAUUUCCUUCUGCUUGCUCGUGCAGUUCGUUGCCAGAGGCCAUGCACACACACACACACACACACACACGGGGUGGCUGUUCUGCACCAUUCACCCUGCAGGGCUGCCUGGUGGCGUGGCUGUGUGUGAGUGUGCGCAGGUGUGUGUGGGUGCAGGGAGCCUCAGGCUGGGCGAUGUGCCCGGCUCAGGCUCGCUCCUGUUUCUGUGCAGUGUUAGACGCAUCGGUCAGGUUAUGCCAUGGACAUUUGCUUCCACGAGGGAGAUGCAUACUGCCCCUUUGAGAUCACAGGCACACGUCGUUUGCAGUUAGGUUGCAGAUCUCGGUCUUUAACUCUAUAGUACUGUUUUUGGUUCAUGAUUAUGGACAACCGGUGCCACUUUUUUCAAGUUUCAGUGUGACACAGGAACCCGAUGUUGAAGAGGAACGUAGAAUGUCUUUAAGCACUUAAAAUGCUGUUCACACUUUAUGGCUGAGCAUCCUGGUCUAACGCUCAGUGCGUACUGUAUCUCACUUUGAUCUGCUCGGAGGGCAGCAGCAGCAAACAAACGAAUCUCUUCAACACUGUAACUACACGCGACUCUGAAAAGUUUUCUCACAGGCAAGGCGCUGAAAGUUUCCAUGUGGUUUCAAAGGGAUGAAUGUGAAUUAUUGAACUAGUAUGUGACAGUCAUUGUCCACAAAGGACUACUUAAUAGGAGGCACUUUUUAAACUUUAAUGCUUGAGAAUGAGUUAAAGGCGUAUGCGAGCUGACAGAUAAUAAACAAAUAAGAGAGAGGAGAAAGGAAAGAGAAAAAAAAAAUCUUUGUCCAGUGUUUUUGAAAAAGAUGGACUUUAAAGAAUCUUGCAAUUUGCACAUCUUGAGUUUAUCAUUUGUGUGGUAUUCCUGCAGUUUUUACCUAAUAAUGUUGUGGGGUGGGGGGGAGGGUGUCUGAAAGAGCAUAAACAAAUGUAGCAAUGACUCACUAACCUGCCUGGCUCUAGGCCGUUUCAUAGGGUUUCGUUCCUUUCCCAGUCCAUUUUGGUCUCCGCCAUAUCUGCCACACAGAACCAGGUCCUACCGGGACAGCUCUGAGAAUUUGUCUUCAGACUUGCUGAGAGGUUUCCAUGAGAAACAUUUCUAUACGUAAGCAAGGCGUUUGUUUGUUGUUUUUUUUUUUUAUAAAAAAAACAAAAAAAAACAAGCCGAAUGUUAUUUUUCCUCUUACGAUCUUUUGUUCUUUUCAUUGCCUCAUUUCCCAUUCGGACGACUAGAUUCAGGAGUUUGGUACAGAAGGAGCUGCUCAGCUCCCCGUUAGGGCUGCACAGCCAGCCGCUCACACGAGAUGCUUGGCGCCUGGGGCCAACGGAGGGAGGACCCCACUGCUUCCUGCGGGGUCUGGCUUGGGCCCUGCAAGGUUGAGCAUUCACAUCAUUUCUUCAGUUGGUGAGUUCCCGCCUUCAGGUAGUUGUAAAGAAGCCGUACUGAUGGGGAGGAAAGGAAAUCAAAGUUCUGGAUAUUAGAAAUACAGUAUCUAAAGCAAACGAGCCUAUUUAAAAUCUCGUUUUCCCUCUCCCCUAAAAUGCAAUGCUUUUAUUUAAGAAAAGAAAGAUUAACCCCAAACCCGAGCUUUGACUCUGUUAUGUGUUACUUGAAAUUUAGCUCACACCAGAACUCAUUGUUUUUAUACCAUAUUCUGGGGUGCACCAAAAAGUUGAAAUAUGUUUAAAAUAGCUUGAAACUAUUCUUGAAUUUCCUUGAAUUUUAUUAACCUCUCAGCGGGCUACAAACAGCUGAGCGGGUUUCUUCUCACAGUCACGCAGCUUAGGUAGUGCUUCUUAGUAAUAUUUCUGCUCAGAGAAGUUGCUUAAUCUUCCAUAUACUCUGCUCAGGGCACUUGCAAUUUAUUGUUUCGUUUCGUUUCCUGUUUCGUUUUUGAGCUUCGAUGGUAAAGGAAUAGAAAGAAUUGCAGAUGUUACUUGGCAUCCGUACCACUAUUUCUGUCAUUCACACGUACUGGGAAAAAAUCUCCACGAGAACCACGCGCAUUCACGAUUGUGGUCGAUGAGGAAGCGGGGGGCUAUUGAACUGACUGGAUCUAUUCAACAAACACUAAAAAAAAAAACAGAAAACUAAUAAAAAAAAUGAAGUUUGGAGCAAUAGGAAUGUAUUAGUUCUGUGCUUGUGUUUCAGACUGAGGAAUUCUGAAAUAACUGGUUCUUUCCAAACAGCUGUCCCUUUCCGUGCUUUGGCUUUUGUAGGAUGUGCAAUACUUUACGUGCCAACGUAGACUCACCUGUGUGGUGUUAGCUAGGUCUCAUACCCUCUUCUGGUUUCCCCUUUCUGUUCUCUUGGAAUAGUUCCUUCCUUCCUUCCUUCUUUUCCUGCUAAUAACUCCCUCCCCCUAGAAAGCAGCGAAUCGAGGGCCGGGUGUCCCUGCACCCAGGGCUCAGCGACCCCUUUUGUGUUCAGUGUGCGUGGAGUGAAUCACGGGCCUGCCGCAGCCCCGUGUGUUUGAAAUGCAUGCCUCUGGCCUCCGCAGUGUAACGGGAAAAAAAAAAAAGAUCCAGGAAGAAAAGCUGAACCCAAGCUCACCCCACAACCACCGAGAGAGGAGUUUGGGGGUUGUUA